CGACAGUCCACCAAACAUCCAUUCACCAAGUCCUCCAUCUUCUACUCUUUCAAGCUUGGGGCGCGCGAUACCCGCUAUGGACAUUCAAUUCACAGCUAUGGACUCUGAGGAGGAAAGUUCCCUUCUCCCACAAGAACCAGAGCUUACUCAGAGCGAUCUAUGUGACGAGGCCGCUGUCCAGGAACUCUGGCAAGAAGUACGUGAGUUCAGCGAGUCCACCUACUACACCCACGCCGAAGCAGAGAUGGAGCUAGCGCCCUUUUCUUUCCUACCGUACACCCCCAUGCCACCAAGACCACUCACAUAUUACCUCCAAGCAAACAAUAUCGACGUGCACUUAUCUGCUCCUACGGCUGCAGAUGGACAUUUCAUCAAAACUUAUCCGCUACUGAAGCUCUCUCCUCCGACUACAAAGAUUGAUGUCCAUGAAGUAGAAGAAUUGCUGCACGAAGCAGAAAUGCUCCAUGCGGAUGGUGAUCAUGUCCACGACAUGAUCGAGAAACUCUUCUUUCCUUCCCUGCGAUUGAAAAAUCCCUACUACAGACUAUUCAAUGCAUCUCUCUCCGUUGGCGAGUUACGCUUUGAGAGCACCUCUGGCUAUGAGAGUACCGCUGGCUUUGAGAGUACCGCUAGCUUUGAGAGCACCUCUGGCUUUGAGAGCACCUCUGGCUUUGAGAACACCUCUGGCUUUGAGAGCACCUCUGGCUUUGAGAGUACCUCUGGUGUUGCGGCCACACAACUCAUAGCAGAAGUCCCACAACCAUCAAUCCUCCGGACUGCUAGGCCUGCAGUUCAGACGUCCCCCCGCUCUCACACAACCAAGACUUCUGGAUCAGGAGCUACUGGCCAAACUCUCUCGCGUGUCAUGGAGCACCCUAUGCCGCUCGAUCCAACCCCACUCAUCUCGAAUCAGGUCGAAACACAUGAUACAUUGCUCAACAGACUCCUCCCGCAUGGCACGUUCUGGCUUACGCAUUCGCACCCAACCACCGCCUCGGCGACAGGUAUCAUUCAACAGAGACUCAUGUUCCCCUAUUUAACCGUCUUGCAAAAGGGCAAUCAUGAGCCUACCCAAGAACUGACGGCACGGGCGGCUCUGAUUUCUUCUUGUGUUCUAUCUUCCCACGUCAAAGAACUCAAAUUGAUAGGCCGUGAUGAUGGGCACUGGAGCGAUCUACGUCAUUAUGCCAUUGUCGUGUACGGCAAUGGCGACUUCCUGGUCUUCGAGACUGUGCUAGCCCAUGAUACUGGCACUGGAUAUGUUAUGUCGAGGCUUGAUUUUGGGUCUGUGUCGACAGACUGUGAGCGCUUCGAGCUCUGGAUUGGCAGAAUCCAUGAAUGGGCUAUCAAGAUCUGGAAACCUAUGAUGAAGACUGCGUUCUCCCCCGAGUGUCUUGACUGUCACAGAUCCGGGGCCAAGGGUGAUCUGGAAGAUGAAGCGCAGCGUGUCCAGGAGGCAUGGGCAGGUGAGACCUUCAUCUGA